AUCAUCAGCACCCUCUUGCUGGCCAUCACGUUAUUUGGACAUGGGUUCUUCCACAAAAAAGAAGAAGUAAUUAUGUUUUUUUUUUAUAGCCACUAUUACAUUUACUAAUUAUAUCAUACACAUGUUGUUAUAAUAAUGAUGUGUCCAUCUAGCCUGGUACUAGAUCUGUUUGUGCUGUCUUUCCAACUCCUACAGUGUUUAGCAUGACAACAACCAUAGGAGUUGGCAAUACAGCAUAAACAGAUCUGAGACCAGGCUAGAGUCCAGCAGCAUCAUUGUAAUAUUAUGAUUAUAAAGCCAGAAUUGCCAUAUCAUUAAUUUGGCUUGUCUUCCUAUUCACAGAUAGGCGAGAUUCUACCAGGGAUAGUAAUGAUGUAUGUCCUAGAAGCAGCAACCCUGGUCCUGUCAAUCUUUGGGGGUUUUGGCGCUCGCAAGGAGAAGAAAUGGGCUGUGGUUCUGGUAAGCUUGCCUAGACCUGUCAAAAUAUGUUAGCCUGAUCCCAGAUCUGUUUUGUCUUGGAUAAUUAUCAUAGGAGUUGGCUAUACAGCACAAACAUAUCUGGGACCUGGCUACCGACUUGACGUCUCCUCUGCUGCAAACUGUUCCUUUCUGACAAGUAAUGGCAUGCCAUAAAACUCAACUGAAACCAGUCAAGACUUUUCCCAUGACAUGCUUCCAACAUGUUUUCCAAAAAGAGUGAUAAGGUUUGAAUUAACCUUUAGUAUUGAUUUUGCUUGACAACCCCUAUAUGUGUGUGUAGUUUUCAGUAGGUAUGUCACUGGCCAGCCUAUACCUGUUUGUGGAGUGCGUGAGAGCAUAUGAAUCCAAACACAAGGUACAGUAGUCUAUAUAUAUAUAUAUAUAUUUACAGGUAACUGCCAAAAUAAAGGGAACACCAACAUAGUAUCUUAACAGGGUGUUGGGCCACCACGAGCAGCCAGAACAGCUUCAAUGCACCUUGGCAUAGAUUCUACAAGUGUCUGGAACUCUAUUGGAGGAAUGUGAAACAAUUCUUCCACGAGAAAUUCCAUCAUUUGGUGUUUUGUUGAUGGAAAACGCUGUCUCAGGCGCUACUUCAGAAUCUCACAUAAGUGUUCAAUUGGGUUGAGAUCUGGUGAAUGAGAAGGCCAUGGCAUAUGGUUUACAUCAAUCGUUUUCAUGCUCAACAAACAAUUCAGUGACCACCCGUGCCCUUUGGAUGUGGGCAUAUCAUCCUAUGGGGGCGUAGCCAUGGUAGCCAAAAUAAUGUUCAUACUGUACAUGACCCUAAACAUGAUGGGAUAUUAACUGCUUAAUUAACUCAGGAACCACACCUGUGUGGAAUCACCUGCUUUCAAUAUACUCUGUGUCCCUCAUUUACUCAAGUGUUUCCAUUAUUUUUGGCAGUUACCUGUAUAUAUCUUAACUUUUUAAUUCAACCUUGAGCCAAUGUUUGUUUGCUGUUCUGGUGAAAAUAUAUUUGAGAAUGUAUUGUAUGAUGGUGCAAUGCAUCUGAUUCUUGAUAAUUUAAUGUACUGUGUCUGUCCAUUUCAAAUUCAUAGCUGAUUAUAGGUUUCAGCUGUGAAUAUAACACUCAAUGUAAACUUUAUUAAUUUCAAGUUGGAGGAGUUAACCAGAGACGAAUACCUAGCGAUGAUGCCUCUGAGUAGAGCGAAUCAAACAGAUAUAAAAGAGAUUUACAACAUGCAGACUAACGUAAGUCACCUUCAUUUAAUGCUUCUUAUGGUCUCUGCUUGUGCCAAUUCAAUGUCCCAGGGUGCCAAUUCAAUGUCCCAGGGUGCCAAUUCAAUGUCCCAGGGUGCCAAUUCAAUGUCCCAGGGUGACAGUUCAAUGUCCCAGGGUGCCAAUUCAAUGUCCCAGGGUGCCAAUUCAAUGUCCCAGGGUGUCAAUUCAAUGUCCCAGGGUGCCAAUUCAAUGUCCCAGGGUGUCAAUUCAAUGUGUGUCUUAAGGGCCAGUUUUCCAUAUUAUGUCAACCUAGGCCUAGACUAAAAGCACUUUCAUUGGAGAUUUCUCCAUGGAGGGUUCUUCCAGAACUAGGCUUGAACUAUAUCUGGUAAAUCACGCCUAAGUGUUUUUAAAAUGUCUGCUGUGGUGUUUCCUUCACUAUCAGAUCAAAUGCUGUGGGCUCGUACAAGGCUACCAAGACUGGGGCACAGACAUCCCAAUCUCCUGCCUCUGUUCUGAUGAGGACUCAACAGACUUUAAAUGUGUGAGUCUGCUGUGUUAAAUAAGUUAUCUUGUUGCUGUUGAUGUUGUUGUUAUCUGUAUGCUAAGGAGGAUGGGUUUCAAUGUGUCAGCCUGUGUUAAAUAAAUUACCACUCAAAUAUGAAAGUGUAAAUCUGUUGUCUUUCGGAAAGAGCAAUUUAUUUAUUUAUUCUAUUAUUUCUUUAAAAUGUGUUUUUAAAACAAAAUACAAAACAGACGAUAAGGAGAGUGACAAGACGACCAUAAAUACACUGAGGAAGAUGUACAUGACAAUAUUCUAAAAGACCAACAAAAACGAUAGAACACAUUUGGACCAGACAAUUAUCAUGGAUGCCGUAGUGUAGCCUAAUAAGAAAUAAUGCAGAUAAAGUCAAGCACUGUUUUAAACCAUGUCACAUUCUAUUUCAGGUUGCUCGUGGUAACAAUACAAGAUUUGUUAUUCACUAUCCCAACAGUGAUAAGCCUGAGGAUGAUGACCGCAAGAGAUUAAUGGAUGAACACAUGCUGGUAUAUGAAGAGGUAAAAACAUGUAAUUCCACUACACCAGGGAUGGGCAAAUGGCGGCCAUUUUCAAGGCCCUCGGAUCAGUUAGCCCAUGUCAGCUAAUAUUUUUUAGAUUGCUAAAUUAGUUUAGCGGCCAGCUAUCUAAACUUGUUAUCAUGGUCAAAUUACCGCCCAUGGGGCCCCCAUUGAUGUUGUUAGUCAGUCUCACUCUCAUGUCAUAUUAAAAACUGCAUACAUUUCUCACCACUCUAUGGCAAAAUGUGUAGAAUUGCAGCAAACUUGCUUUAUAACUGCAACAUUUUCUUUUUGCACGAAAUGAACUCAAACACUUUUUUUCCCUCUCUCUGCUGUCAAGAGGGGGCAACUAAAAGUUUAGCUCGCAAUUUUGCGCUAAAUGUUUUGCUCGCAAUUGUGUAUCAAACUAGAAGGUCAUAAUUCUAGUUUGAUACAUAAAGAUGACUUACAGUACUCAUUGAUACAAUAAACGGCUAUUUGUUCAAGUUCUGAUAUAAUAUGGACCUAUAUACUCUUGUUUUUCUCACAAAAUGACAAACUCUUAAUUUUUCAUUUUCAGCCAUGUCUUCCCAUCUUAAUCUCUGUCUUGGGCUAUGGACUCAUUCUGAUAACAGGAAUAUUUAUAGCACUUACAGCAUUAUGGGUAUGUAUUUCAGAUCUAUGUCUGUACUAUUGAACCAUUCCAGGGUUGGGGUCAAUUCAGUUUUUUCAAUUCAAUCAAUUGAAAUUCAAUUCCCAAAUUGAAAAUUGUCCAUAGUUUUUCAUGUGGAUUUUUCAAUUCAGGAAGUGAUUUUCAAUUGAUUGAAUUUAAUUGACUACCUGAAUUGAAAACUUUUUUUGCAUUAGUAGUAGUAUUGGUUUAUUAUAAUUAUUACACCCAGGCCGUACUUGGCAGCUAAAAAAUGAAUUGCAGUACACAGUACAUACAGUGAGGGAAAAAAGUAUUUGAUCCCCUGCUGAUUUUGUACGUUUGCCAACUGACAAAGAAAUGAUCAGUCUAUAAUUUUAAUGGUAGGUUUAUUUGAACAGUGAGAGACAGAAUAACAAAACAAAAAUCCAGAAAAAACGUGAUAAAUUGAUUUGCAUUUUAAUGAGGGAUAUAAGUAUUUGACUCCUCUGCAAAACAUGACUUAGUACUUGGUGGCAAAACCCUUGUUGGUAAUCACAGAGGUCAGACAUUUCUUGUAGUUGGCCACCAGGUUUGCACACAUCUCAGGAGGGAUUUUGUCCCACUCCUCUUUGCAGAUCUUCUCCAAGUCAUUAAGGUUUCGAGGCUGACGUUUGGCAACUCAAACCUUCAGCUCCCUCCACAGAUCUUCUAUGGGAUUAAGGUCUGGUGACUGGUUAGGCCACUCCAGGACCUUAAUGUGCUUCUUCUUGAGCCACUCCUUUGUUGCCUUGGCCGUGUGUUUUGGGUCAUUGUCAUGCUGGAAUACCCAUCCACAACACAUUUUCAAUGCCCUGGCUGAGGGAAGGAGGUUCUCACCCAAGAUUUGAUGGUACAUGGCCCCGUCCAUUGUCCCUUUGAUGCGGUGAAGUUGUCCUGUCCCCUUAGCAGAAAAACACCCCCAAAGCAUAAUGUUUCCACCUCCAUGUUUGACGGUGGGGAUGGUGUUCUUGGGGUCAUAGGCAGCAUUCCUCCUCCUCCAAACACGGCGAGUUGAGUUGAUGCCAAAGAGCUCAAUUUUGGUCUCAUCUGACCUCAACACUUUCACCCAGUUCUCCUCUGAAUCAUUCAGAUGUUCUUUGGCAAACUUCAGACGGGCAUGUAUAUGUGCUUUCUUGAGCAGGGGGACCUUGCGGGCGCUGCAGUAUUUCAGUCCUUCACGGCGUAGUGUGUUACCAAUUGUUUUCUUGGUGACUAUGGUCCCAGCUGCUUUGAGAUCAUUGACAAGAUCCUCCCGUGUAGUUCUGGGCUGAUUCCUCACCGUUCUCAUGAUCAUUAAAACUCCACGAGGUGAGAUCUUGCAUGGAGCCCCAGGCCGAGGGAGAUUGACAGUUAUUUUGUGUUUCUUCCAUUUGCGAAUAAUCGCACCAACUGUUGUCACCUUCUCACCAAGCUACUUGGCGAUGGUCUUGUAGCUCAUUCCAGCCUUGCGUAGGUCUACAAUCUUGUCCCUGACAUCCUUGGAGAGCUCUUUGGUCUUGGCCAUGGUGGAGAGUUUGGAAUCUGAUUGAUUGAUUGCUUCUGUGGACAGGUGUCUUUUAUACAAGUAACAAGCUGAGAUUAGGAGCACUCCCUUUAAGAGUGUGCUCCUAAUCUCAGCUCGUUACCUGUAUAAAAGACACCUGGGAGCCAGAAAUCUUUCUGAUUGAGAGGGGGUCAAAUACUUAUUUCCCUCAUUAAAAUGCAAAUCAAUUCAUAAUAUUUUUGACAUACGUGUUUCUGGAUUUUUUGUUGUUAUUCUGUCUCUCACUGUCAAAUAAACCUACCAUAACAAUUAUAGACUGAUCAUUUCUUUGUCAGUGGGCAAACGUACAAAAUCAGCAGAGGAUCAAAUACUUUUUUCCCUCACUGUACAACUAAACAAGAACAAUUAAAACAUGUGAAAGUCAGAAUGGGAGCUGAAGGAUGAAUCGAGCCCACCACUAUACCAUAUUUUUUUUACCUUAUGUUUCGAGUGUAGGCCUAUUUGAUUUCACUGUUAUCUUUCACAUUCAGCACCAAGUCACCUGCUCCAUCAAUCCUGUCUGAACCGUUACUGUGUGUUUGGUCCUCAGGAUAUUGGAGUUGCCCUGGCCAUCACAAUACUCUGCCAGAUGAGAAGAAAGUUUGAUGUGCCACCUGUGAUCUUCACAUCUCAACCACAUCAAUACAGAGAG